CCGCUUCUCACUUCAUUUCGUCUCGUUUACUUUCUCAACCACGCGUCAGCAGGAGGUCGAGUGGAAGACGGCUGCUCUCUUGAAACGCUGGAGUUAUAUUUGUCAUUAUUAACAGAGGACUGAGGUAUUUAUUCCUGAAGAGUCCUGCAGCAACAUAUCGCAAUAUAUCGUGUGCAAAUACAAGUAGCCCUUCGAGUGACUGAAGUUACCGCAGUCUGCUGUCUCCAGCCACACAGCCCUUUCUAUCCCUUCACUUUUACCCUCCCACGGAAAGCCGGACAGGAGUGGAAAUAGCAGGGUGGAUUUUUCCAGUCGUCUGGACACAAACAUGGGCAACCAGUUUACAGACAUUGCUCCCAACACCACUAUCCUCCCCAACCUCCAGUCCUUGCACAUUGUUGUGAUUGGUUUGGACAAUGCAGGGAAAACCUCGCUCCUCUACAGACUCAAACUGCGGGAAUUUGUCGAGGCCAUCCCGACCAAAGGAUUCAACAUGGAACGCAUUAAAGUGCCCAUGGGGAAUUCCAAAGUCAACACAUCAACUUUCCAGGUGUGGGAUGUUGGUGGUCAGGAGAAAUUGAGACCGCUCUGGAAAUCGUACACUCGAAGGACUGACGGCCUCGUGUUUGUGGUGGAUGCAGCCGAGGCCGAGCGAAUGGAGGAAGCGAAGAUGGAGCUUCACAGGAUCAGUCGGUCUGCUGAGAAUCUAGGGGUGCCAGUCCUGGUUCUGGCGAACAAACAGGACCUGGAAUCAGCCAUGUCAGCUUCAGAGGUGGAGAAAGCCCUGUCGCUCCAUGAACUGAGCUCUGCGACACUACACCACACACAAGGCUGCUCAGCGGUGGAUGGUCAGGGCCUGCAGCUGGGCCUGGAGAAACUCUACGAGAUGAUCCUGAAGCGGAAGAAGGCACUUCGACAGAGCAAGAAGAAGAGAUGAGAAAGCUUUUUGCUCUUGAUGGCGUUCGUGUUGAUGGGAAUGACAGCGGAAAUAAUGGAAUAAAUUAGGAGAAAUGCAGUCCCAUUUGUUGAACAGGGACGGACGGCGUCAAGGAGGACUGCCCAAUACCCGCAGAGGAUGGGUACCGUUCUAUGGGGACAGACAAAUUUGAAUCCGUGCAAUAUAUGAUGAACACUCACUGACGGUCUCACACCAGUAUUGAAGGAAUUGUUACACUUUUUUUUCUAAACCCAGUAGUUUUUGGGUCAUUUUGUUCACUUUAUUAUUUAUGUUGCAUGCGGUCACCUAGAACAUAUUUGGGACUAUUUUGAAGGAGGGAAAAAACACCGUUGAGGAAAUGCUACUCUUUGUUAGAAACUUUAAACUGGGUCAGUAUUUGCAAUGUUGGUUGGCAUCCGUCACCAAAAAAAAGGAAGAUUGCCUUACUGAGGCGACGGAACAUGCGGAUGAGGACUGACCAGAUCUUGCACGUGAAGCUGUGUUCCUCCUCCCACUCGCCUAACCCCCCCACACCCACUUGACCAAAAUUCUCAGUUAGGUGUUUUUCAGGAUUGGUUUAGUUUCUUUGCUAAAAUACUACCAACAACUUGUUUUUAUAUCUUGUUUUGUACAAUGUUGAAAAGUUAAUAAAUUAUUGAUUGCA